AUGAAAAAGAGUGUAUGCUAAAAAAAUAGGUUUUUGAAGACUUCCUGGGGAGGAAAAUAUCAAAUACCUGAAGAAAGAAGUUGAGAAUCUGAAAGGGGCCACAUAAUCAUGUCUCUGAACACAGACAGCGACACCCUUGUAAAUAAAACGCUUCGUGUCCUCUCAGGAGCUACUGCGCAUCUCACCGCUGUGACACUCACAGUGUACGUGACCUAUGUGUCAAGGCCUGGAACAUCUCUCUUCUCCUGGCACCCAUUCCUAAUGACAGUUGCGUUCCUGUUCCUAAUGACAGAAGCCAUCCUAAUAUUCUCUCCUGAUUCGUCUCUUCUGCGCUCCUUCACUCGUAGAGCAAAAGGUCGUGCUCACUGGAUUCUCCAGCUCUUAUCAGUAAUUUGUGCUGUGAUAGGGUUGGUAAUAAUUUACUCCAAUAAAGUCCUACAUGAAAAGCCUCACUUCUCUACUUGGCAUGGACUCAUCGGUGCAUUGACACUGUCGUGGGCUCUUCUGCAGAGCGUUGGUGGUCUGACUCUAAUGUACCCCAAGUUAAUACAGAGAUGGAAUCUAGCAACACGGAAACUGUAUCAUGCCACAGCUGGCUUGCUUGGCUACCUCUUAGGUUGUACCAGCCUCUUGCUCGGCAUGUGCUCUGUCUGGUUCAGUGCCCAUGUAACUGGCAUCUCUUGGUACCUGUGCAUCAUGUGCCCAAUUCUCACUGGUCUGGUCAUCAUGAAUCAAGUGAGCAAUGCAUAUUUGUACAGAAAAAGAAGUCAGUCCUGAGCUCAUAAAACAGGACAUGUUUUGGCAUCAGGUGUUCCAUGCGGAUGUACAUAUAUGGGGUAAAAUGUAAUGAACAAUUGUAAAAAUUCUUCCAAAGAAAAUGAAACAUUGAUAAUGUUGGUGCCUUUUACUGCUUUUAACCUCUUAAGGACAUAUGACGGAAUUUUUCCGUCAUAAAACAAUUGAGCAAACUGAAAGCUGUGUCUUUAAAGGAGGUGUCUAAUUCCAGAACAGUGUUGGUAUAGUCCAAACGACUUACAUUUUUGAAAGUGUAUAUACAGUAUAUGAAAGGAGUCUUCAUACACAUCAUCAUAAAUGUUCCUGUUCAAAGCUGGAAAUGUUUAGCGAACCAUGCUUGUAAAUCUUUCAAUUCCUGAUCCUCUAAAUAUUUCUAAAAGUAUAUUGUGCCACAGAGUGCCCAUCCUUUAUAGCUCUUCCACAAAUUUAAGGUAAAAAAGAUAAAUAUGCAUAUCAUGUUCAUUCUACUCAAUAGAUGAUUUGCCAGCCAUAUUAGAGUAUGUUGCAUAAUCAGCUAUUGAUGCUGUAAGACCGCUUACUUGAGUUUUGUCUACCUAUAAUCAGAAUUUUAACUAAACUGACGUUCAGGCCCCAGCUGGUGUAUAAAAUAAGUGUUUUAUAGAAAAUAAAAGUCCUUCUUGAAGGAAAAAAAAUCCAACACUGUACACCAGAGAAACCUGAAGAAAAAAAAUGGGCAGAUGAAAAGUAACAAGCUUGGAAAUUUAUAGGUUACAAUGACUUCUAUAACUGUUAUGAUGCAGAUCGAAGAGCAAUAUUUAUGUGUUGCUAAUAUUUUUGUGUCUGAAAGACAAAGCUAAUACAACCGUUCAGAUAUGUACUUCCUACUACUGGAUAUCGAAUAGGACAAUUCUUACGGGUCAGUAGAAAUAAAAGUACAGAUGUCCGGAUGCCUUACAAAAACACGGCCCUGUUCUGCUAUUUUUUUUAUUGCCUUCAUUUAGAUGAAUGAAAAAUGAGUACAUGCUUUAAAACGUUUUUUCUUCCUGUUCAAAUUCAUUUUUGGAACACAGUAGUUUAUCAAUACAGUAACUCUGGUAA